UGACCUUAAGGUUAGGGCGCCUCCCGCGAUUUCAAUGGGUUGGCGCGUUUAUAUUAAGCCUGUGUUUGUCGUUUGCUACGCUCUGUUGAUAUGUAGUACACUUCCGUUUUUGAUUUUAAAGCUGUAUGAAAAAUCAGCCCCAGCAAUAGUCAGCGCCUGGUUUGUUGCUGGACUGUUUGUUCUUGGAGCAAUACCAAUUUCACUCUGGACAAUUAUUGAACACGUGAUAAAUUAUACUAAGCCCUUUCUGCAAAGACAUAUCAUCAGGUAGGAUUAUUUUUCGAUAAAUUUUACCGCAGAAUUCUAUGGAUGGUCCCGAUAUAUGCAAUCGACGCAUGGAUGGCAUUGAUUUUCCCGAAGUAUGCAAUAUACUUUGACACAUUGAGAGAAUGUUACGAAGCCUAUGUCGUGUACAACUUUCUGGCCUUUUUGCUGAACUACCUCAAAAGCCAGUAUCCUGACCUAGGGCACGUCGUCAAACAGAAACCUCAAGUGAAACACUUGCCACCCUUUUGCUUUCUUAAGUCAUGGGAAAUGGGAAGAAGGUUUAUUGAUCACUGUCGCCACGGCGCAUUGCAGUAUACCGUUAUUCGUCCUCUUACAACUGCAGUCGCUUUAAUUUGUGAGAUACUUGGUGUGUAUGGUGAGGGUGACUUCAACUUUCAUCAUGCUUUUCUCUACUUGACUAUAAUCAAUAAUAUCUCUCAAAUUUGGGCGCUUUACUGUCUAGUACUAUUUUACCGAUGUGCUCGUCAAGAGUUGAAGCCCAUGAAGCCAGUGGCUAAAUUUUUGUGCGUCAAGUUCGUCAUAUUCAUGUCUUUCUGGCAGUCCAUUCUAAUAGCUGUGCUUGCUGCUACUGGCCUGAUAAGAAAAGUUGAAGCUUGGAAGCUUUAUGAUGUUCGGUCGAUUGGCAUUGCUCUUCAAAAUUUUGCUAUAUGUAUCGAAAUGUUUAUAGCCGCGAUAGCGCAUCACUUCUCCUUCAGUAGUGCACCAUUUGUGGAUCCAGAUGCUCCAACAACGGGUUGCUGUCAAUCGUGGUGGUCAAUGUGGGAUGUAUCAGACAUGCGCCAUGAUGUUGUCGAACAUGUAAGACAUAUCGGCCAUAGUGUCAGGCGUUUCAACUUGUCCUCAGAUAGACAGUCCACUAACCGUCGGAGCCGUGGUUGUCCGUAUAAUCCAAAUUUAUCCUGUGAAGACAGACGUAAUACAGAUACCUCGAACAACAUGAUUUCUUUUGAAAGUGAAUCCAGUCCCCUUCUUCCUCAUGAAGAGAUCACUUCAGUUGAAGUGGUUGCUGCAACGACUACUACUACUACCGCUAUUACUCCUACUAAUACUGCCAGCCUCACCACCUCUGAAUGUAUCUAAAAGUGGAAAGGUGUAGGCGCCGACUUGGUCGCCACUGUACACUCUUCACACAUUAGGCUAGGAAAUUGUAAUUAUCAUUUGUAUCAUUGCAUAAUGUAAUUUACCCUGUGCUUCUCAUCUUAAUGAAUAGAUCCAUCACUAACUUAAAUAAUAUUAAUAUGUUCAAAUUGAGUAUAAUAUUCUAUUAUUUAUUUAUUUUGCUUUUUUUUUAACUAAAUCAGUCUUCGAAAAGAUGUUUUCUUUGUAACUAACCACUUUACCCAUUAAUAAAUUGAUACCCAUCAUAUUUCCUCUUUUGUCACCGUGUAUUGCCUUUUUUCACGUUUUUCACGUUUGUUUCGGAUGUAUAUUAUACUGUCAGUUUGAACAUUUUAAACUGGACAAAAUAUUUGAGUACAGAGAACCCUGUGUGUGUGUGAUGAGCAACUUCUCAAGUUGUGC